AUGUACGCCGCCUACGAGGCGUUGCCCGAUGAUCUCAAGCGGCGAGCUGCGAAAUUACGUAUUAAGCAUGAUGGAACAUACAACAGCGGCGGUUAUUUGCGCGCCGGUGUCACCGCAAUCGAUGAUCCACGCGUCUCAUCGGGAGUGUUUCAUCCGCUGAUUUGUACCCACCCGGAAACCGGUCGAUGCUGCCUCUAUCUUGGACGUCGUCGUAAUGCCUAUAUAGAGGGUCUCUCACUUAAACAAUCCGAAGCCCUUCUCGAUGAGAUCUGGUCCUACGCCACCCGCAGAGAAAUCGCUUGGUACAACCGAUGGCGGGUGGGCGACAUUGUGCUGUGGGAUAAUCGCUGCACUAUGCAUCGGCGCGAACCGUUCGAUCCCGGUGCACGUCGCAUCAUGCUUCGCACUCAGAUCAAGGGGGAGACAAAACCGACUGCUUGA